UGUACUUGGCUUGGUCUCCUUGGUUCUGCUAUUUCCUAGCUUGUCCGCCGCUCAGGUCGUGCCGUCUUCCUCACCUCCUCGGUCGCCGGGGAGAAGAUGUCCCAAGCUGGCCUGUGGAGCGUUUUGACGACGUCUUCUUGCUCCGAGUUACCUCUGAGGUGGCGCAAGGACACCGACCGACAACGGUUUCCCCGGAACAGUUCCCGAUGGCGUGGCCGGCUAUCCGCUGGAUCAGAUCAUGUUCAACUCAACCACGACACUCCCAUCCCUCUUCCCCUACUACACCACGUCUCCCGAGCUGGCCCUGGCAGGGGUGGCGAUCCUCGGCUGGUUGACAGUCGUGCACGUGUACCUGACCUGGCGCACCAAGGCGUUCGUCUUCGCCAUGAACAUCUACGCUGCCGCCGGUAUGCUCACUUCUUCCCGCCAUACCCCUCAUACGAUGCCAAGUCAAUGUGAUGUUCACUGACCGGCCGUCCACCAUCGGAAAGCCAUGACAACCGGCUUCGUCCUGCGUGCUAUCUCUCCACCCUCCCAACCCUCGCCUGGCCUCAUGUAAGCACCGGCGCCUAACUAUUGCUUUGCUUUCCUCCUGUCCCUUCUUGGUAGCUCGGUCUAAACCCGGUCAUCCGCCCCGCGACGGUAUACUUCCCUCAGGAAACGAGCCCACCUCCCUCAUCCCUAGCAGGUCCCUGCUUAUCCGUCCACACCUCAUUGCCGUACCGCUUUAUUUGCCCUCAUGCCCCAAUUGACCAACGAGUCGGCGGCAGAGGUGC